UACCUCCAUACAGCUUCCAAACAGUCAACACUUUCAGACCCGGCUGAAAGAAGAAGACAUGUCUCCGUUUGUGGACCGAACCGUCGCUGCCGCCGCCUGACAUGACGACGACGGAGCAGUAGUUUCUUCUUCCAUGGUGUUCGAGGAGGGCCAGGGGGAAAAAUUAAAGUCAUACAGCUUGACACACAGGACUGCAGUUUUCCAUCACCAUCUGCCAAAGAUGAAAGCACAAAGUAAAGGGGAGGAACAUUUCUGUCCUCGUUGGAUUCUGUUUGCCUCCUUCGAUUCUCCAAUGUGACACAUCCAAAAGACCACUAAUAAUGAUACCUGGAUUGAUCUCUCAAGAGUUACAUGACCAGCUUCUGGACCUGAGGAAUUACCAGAAUCGCACAAAUGGGGUGGAAAAGCUUAAACAUAUCCUCUCAGAAGUGGACAUCAAGUCGGUCCCAUCUGCUAGUAUCGAGGAGUUCAUCAAUUUUCUUCCAAGACUUCUAGAUGACAGUAAUUUUAAAGUGCUCUAUGGCACCUUAAAAGUUUUAAACUUACUAAUUCAGAAGUUAGAGACGGGUGUAGAUAAAUUUUUGAAACAUAUUGUUUUAGUUGCCCUUAAGGUUCUUGGUGACACUCGUGCUGUCACCAGGAAUGAAUACCUUAAUGUGUUUCAACAAUUGAUGAAAACCGUCCCACCGCAGCAGGUUUUGGAUCUCGUCAUUGGCAACUUGAAACACAAAAACUCUAGAGUUCGGGAAGAUGUCCUUAACAUCAUCAUGGCAGCUAUGCUUACUCAUCCGAGGAAAGACUUCAACAUUCCCAAGCUUUGUUUUGAGGUUGCACCCUACUUAGCAGACAGUAAAAGGAAGGUCCGCCACGCUGCCCUGGAGCUGUUUGCUGUUUUUGACCAUUGCCUGGACACAGGGAGAAAGCAGCCGCUAAUGAAAGCUGUGGACAUGGUAGAACUUAACGAGGAUGCAGAGGGUCUGAUGGCAGCUGUACAGGCGAGACGAACCAGACACAUUCUUCCAAAACUAACCUCGGAGGGGACUGUGGAGUAUGGUUUGGUGGUGCCCAAACCUGGACAGUGGUCCUCAGUGCAGUACGGUUCUGGAGCGGAUCUGGACUGGGUGAUAAAUGGAGGGCGGAUAAGCAGUGCCAGGAGCUACAAAGCAGAGCCAGACAGCAACCGAUUGUAUGGGUACGGCAGCUUAGGCUCUCUCACCGAUGACCUACCACUUCAAAGAAGAAUCGUCAGUGCAGGCAAAGGGAAGAACAAACUACCUUGGGAGAUAUCAAGCUUCUCAUCGACUGACAGCGAGCAGCAACAGUACAGCACACUUAACGGCAAGUUCUCUGAACAGGUGUCAAGUGAGGAUUACUUACCUCAUUCUACGAAGCCAGAGACCUACAUACCAAGUUUCAGUUCUGCAGAGCCAGAGAAGCCCCAGCCUUCCAGAAGGAGAGAGACCCCAGCAAAUCUCAGAAGAAGUGGAAGCCUUAACUUAGACGCUGAUAUUUUUAAAACCAAAAGCUUUACCAACACAGAUGUUGUGACACCCAAAGGACGUAUGCUCUCAAGGAACCCCAGUGUUGAGCGAACUUUUUCCCUCCCCUCAAACCCUUCCACGCCUGGCUCCUUCCUUCUGCCCUCCUACCCUCUGGCUACAUGCACAGGGCUCAUGCUUACUCCAACACUGUCCCAUCAUCAUGCAGACUCUCCUGUCUCCAUGUCAAACACCUGGCCCUACAAGAGAGAGAACAGCCCUCAUCGGGGAGAAACUAGCUCCUGGUCAGAGACCGCAGGCACAGAAGAGCUCUCCAGCAGACGCUCACCCAGGCCUCUUCGAGCCCCUCUCGUGAGCUCCUCUUCCACCUCAUCCUUCAGGCGAGCUCUGAGCAACACCAGAGCAACCUUCUCCAUCUCACCAGUUUUCCCUCCAGCAGAACAAGGUCAUAAAGGUUAUAAUGGUCAAAAAUCCAAUACUUCAGCCAGCCCUCAGAACCUGCAGAUGGACUCUGAUAGCAUUGGUGCUUGGCAAGAUCUUCAGGAAGAUGAACCCCUGGACAUGCAGGAGAUGCUGAACUCCCUACGCUCUUUGCGGAAUAGCGCUGCCAAGAAGAGGGCCAAAGUGAGCCACAAUAAUCUAGAUCCAGACAGCCCAGAUUCAGCUGUGAAGCUGGACUUGGGUCUAGACUCACCAUUACACACCUCUCCAGUGCUUACCAGCUCAGCGAGUGAGAGUGGACUUUCCAGUCUGAUCUCAGUUGCCAACUCAAGCUUCAGUGGCUUGAAAACCAGUCCUAGAAAUUCUGCCUCUUCUGUAAUGAAACCUCGCAUUGCAAGGGUGCCUUCUGCAACACUGAGGUCUUCUGUAUCCAUGGACUUCAGUAGUCUUCAAGGAAUGUACCAGAGAAAUGAGCUGACAUCCGAGGUGGGUGUCGUUGGGCAGAGGGUUACUUGUUGCAACGGAACAAUCAAAACUGAGGAAGAGAACAUGGGUUUGUCCCCUCCACUAGUUAAAUCAGCCGUCCAGGAUUCAGUCAGAGCUAUAAAGCUUGCUAAAGUAUCCCAGAGUAACAACAACAGCAGGAAUUCACCUGGUGCAGACAUGCCUGAAGGAGUGAUAGGAAGAGGAGUCGUUUUGUCACUCGAGCAGGGUGAUUUGGCAGCCAAACCUUCCACUGAUCCCUCAGCAGGCAUUUACAGCAGUCAGCUUGACAGCGACAACAGCCCACGUCCACAUGGGGCUAAAGGGAGGGUGAAAAAUCUGAGGACUGGUCGGGAUAAAACAAGGCAACAAGGACUCGAUCAACCAGAGGGACAGUCAGGCCAAGAGGACAAAACAAAAGAGAGGAUUCGCCUUCGUGUCAAACAGAUGCUUUCUGAUUCGUCUACAGAACAAAAUAAAGAACUGAUCAUAAAAGAUCUACCUCUGAAUGACAGCAUAUUGACAUCUACCAAAGCGGACCUUCUCUCUGAUGAAUCCCCCACCAGUCCUCCGGGACCUCAAAGUCCAAGAAAGUGUUUAACUCCACCCCACCAACCAAGUCCCCCUGCAGUGCCUCCCAACCCAAAAAAUGUGUCCCGUCUUAGAAGGGCGCCUAGCCUCACCAGAACCCGACCUUCACUGUCUCACAGUUCAGAUGAACUGUGCCAUGCUACAAUAAGAAAGAAGAAUCUCUCAGAGCCUCCAGACCUUUGCCCCUUUUCAAAGCCUGACCUGGCGCUCACUCAGAGUUUCAACUUGCUGAGCUCAGAGGACUGGGAAAAGAAGAUUGAGGGUCUAAAGUUCCUGCGCUCUCUGGCCUACAACCACUCAGACACGCUUCAAAGCCGGCUGCAUGAAGUUUGUCUGUUUCUCACUCAAGAGGUGAAGAACCUGCGAUCAGGCGUGUCCAGGGUUGCAGUGUGUACACUUGGUGACCUGUACACACAUCUGCAGAGGGCUAUGGACCAGGAACUGGAGGGGACAGUUAAAGCUUUGUUGCAUAAGGCAGGGGAGAGUAAUGCCUUCAUUAGGCAGGAUGUGGAUGCAGCACUGGUCUGCAUGGUGCAGCACUGCACCCCGACUCGUUGCAUUGCUGCUUUACUAACUGGAGGACUGAGUCACCUUAAUCCAGUGGUGAGGAAGUGUGCAGCUCAACAUCUGGCUAAUCUGGUAGAGAAGGUUGGUGCUGCACGACUCCUGUCAGGAAACAAAGAUCUCACAGAGAGAAUUUUACCUGCCAUCACUAAACUUACACAAGACUCCUCCCAAGAAACCAGGUACUUUGGUCGUCGAAUGCUGCUGUCGUUGUCAUCUUAUUCUGACUUUGACAAGAUCUUGGAGAAAUAUAUUCCUACCAAAAACCUGCAGACUGUUAAAGACACUCUUAUAACUCUCAAGACAAAGGGCCUUGGUGAGAUGGCCCAAGACACUCAGUCGGCCAGAGGGAGACGCUCCCUUCCAGGCAGUGGGACGGUCAGGGCUUCAUCUCUCAACGGAGAACCAAACAAUCAGACCAACAAGGAGUCGAAUAGCCGCUACAGCUGCAAAUAUCAGACACAAAGUAUUGCUGAUAAAACGGAGUACAUUAAGCAGAUCUCAGGUCUGUUGGGUUCAAAGGACUUCAGAGAGCGGAUCAAAGGCAUCGACCAGUUGGUGGCUGACUGUGAACACAACCCCAACAUGGUCAUCAAUAGUCUAUUCCCAGUGUUUGAUGCAUUCAAAGCCAGACUGCAGGAGUCCAACAGCAAGGUUAACCUUUACGCCCUGGAGUCUCUGCAGAAAAUCAUUUAUUUGCUGAAGGACAGCUUGUCCCAAGCUGUCAACAUCCUGGUCCCAGCAAUCGUGGACAAUCACCUCAACUCCAAGAAUAAUGCCAUCUGUUCUGCUGCUAACGGAGCUAUCGAUGCCCUUACUUUAAAUCUCGACAACAUUCUACUUCUACAGCCUUUUUGCACCAAGGCACAAUUUUUAAGUGGUAAAGCAAAGGUGGACCUAAUCGAAAAGGUUGCAGGCCUCGUAACAGAACUCUACCCUCGCAAGCCACAGAUGGUUGAGCAGAAAGUGUUGCCCUUACUAUGGCACCUCCUGGGCACUUCGACCCACAGCGGCACCGUUCAUGGCAGAGGCGGCAGCAUAAGGGGUGCCACGGCCAACCUGUGCCAAGCCCUUUACACCCAGAUGGGGCCAAGCCUGAGUGAGUGUGCUGCCUCCCAGCCUGCCAGUGUCCUCAAAGGUCUAAAUGAGAUCCUGAGGACCCUAUCCUAAGAAAAGCAGAAUCCAGA